GUGGUUAACUUGUCUGUAUUUAGUUUAUUUAAACACAUCAUCUCCACAGAGAUGAGAAUUUUUUUGAGUGCAGUUUGUUACAAGUUAGAUUUAGAUAUACCAAUUGCUGAAAUCUGUGGAAAUUAGGUUUUUAAAUAUCACCAAUCUGAUAUGUGUUCCCAGGUUAUGACAGUUUUUUUUUCAUUCCUGAGAACUUACAAAAUGUUUGUAAGUCAGAAGAGAACAACAACAGUGUGUGGGAGAGGAUUACAGUAACAGCUGUGAUAGAGUAGCAGGAACAGUGGCUGCCAGCGAGCAAACCACCUCAAUGAGUGAGUGAGAGAUUUGAACAGCAGUCCCAGCUCUGAUCUAGCUCCUGAUUUUUGCAGCUCAGAACAGAGAAGGCACAUGGAAAGACCCCAUUCCCUUAAUGCAGAAGAUGUCUGCAGCAGCUGGCAAAUCCACCACCAUCCAUCCCACCAGUCUCCUAAAUGCUUGUUUAUACAAGGUAAAUGGUAGGACGCUGAGGAGUGCAGUAGAACAGAGGGAUCUGGGCGUACAGAUACAUAAUUCCCUAAAAGUGGUAUCACAAGUAGAUAGGGUCGUAAAGAGAGCUUUUGGUACAUUGGCCUUUAUAAAUUGAAAUAUUGAGUAUGAGAGUUGGAAUGUAAUGGUGAGAUUGUAUAAGACAUUCGUGAGACCAAAUUUGGAGUAUUGUGUGGAGUUUUGGUCACCUAAUUACAGAAAUGCUAUUAAUAAGGUUGAAAGAGUGCAGAGAUGGUUUACAAGGAUGUUGCCAGGACUUGAGAAACUGUUAUAUAGAAAGGUUGAAUAGGUUAGGACUUUAUUCCCUGGAGUGUAGGAGAAUGAGGGGAGAUUUGAUAGAGAUGUAUAAAAUUAUGAUGGGUAUAGAUAGAGUGAAUGCAAACAGGCUUUUUCCACUGAGGCUAGGGGAGAAAAAAACAGGUCAUAGGUUAAGGGUGAAGGGGGAAAAGUUUGAAGGGAACAUUGUUGAGGGGGCUUCUUCACGCAGAGAGUGGUGGGAGUGUGGAAUGAGCUGCCAGAUGAAGUGGUGAAUGCAGGCUCACUUCUGACAUUUGAGAAAAACGGGACAGGUGUAUGGAUGAGAGGGGUUUGGAGGGAUAUGGCCCAGGUGCAGGUCAGUGGGACAAGGCAGAAAAAUGGUUCGGCACAGCCAAGAAGGGCCAAAAGGCUUGUUUCUAUGCUGUAAUGUUCUAUGGUUCUAUGUGUACAGACUGCCCAUAAGUUAAAUGUUCAUAACCUGAGGUGGACCUGUAAAUAGUUUGAUUUCUACUUUCUUGAAUCCUUAUGUAAAGUUAAAUAUUCUCAUUCUGUUCAAAUCUGACUGCAACAAAUAAGUUGUGGUGAAUAUGGUGUGCAUUUCUAAUAUUUGUGCCAUUAUUUAUAGAAUAGUGAUUUCUAAAAGUGUUGACCUAUCCACAUCUUGUUCCACGAGAAAACGGAAGAGACAGUUCCAGUUCCAUACUUAAUCUCAAACGUAGGUUCAACAAUCUAUUGUAUAAUAUUAUGACAAUCUUAUUAUUUUUAUUGAGUAUCAUGCAUGGAUCUAAAAUGGAAUUUUAUUUUUGAUGUAUCUUUUUGACAUUAUCCAUAUUGCAUUAAUCUUAUUAUCCUCUGCAUCUUUAUAGAGCCAGAGCACCAAAAAAAUUAUUGGAUGAUAUAUUGAGAAACUACUGAGUCUGAAGUUCAGAUUGGAUUAUCAUUGUUACACAGUACAAACUGUGGUGAAAUAUAUAACAUGCAAAGCUCCAGAAUAGGAUUAUAGAGAAAAUGAAGAUAACCAAAAGGAAGUCUGUCACUGGGACCACCCUACCGGCUUGGCUGACGUCCCCAGGGCCAGUGCUGCUCCGGAAACAUGUGAGGAGCAAUAAAUACUCCCCGCUAGUCAAGAGGGUUCACCUUCUACAUGCGAACCCCCAGUAUGCUUACGUGGUCUGACCUGAUGGGCGGGAGGACACAGUCUCCGUCCACGACCUGGCGCCCACAAGAGCAGCAGACCACUACCCCGAACACUCCAUGAAUGAAAAUAAUUUUGAUCCGGAAGAGCAAGUUUAUUAUGUAGACACUGAAGGUUCCUUAACCUCCAAUGAUUUGAAUGGCAAGUCCAAUGAAGACUACUAUAAGAAAAUAGAGAAACUAAAAAAUGCUUAUAUUCAUUCUAUGGCAAAGCUAGAGAAAUUGUACAGGAAUAAACUUCAUGUCAGAGAUGAUAUCAUUGAUUCAGAGGAUCUCCGUGAAAUCCCAGUGUGUUACAGUUCAACUUACGAACUGACUACAGAUAGAAAAAAUGAUGCUCAUCUUUCUUAUUCAACCUUGGAGUUUGAGGUGGAGAGUACUGCAUCCUUAAGCUUAUCUGACUCAUCCACUGAUGAUCAGGAAGUAUGUGGGGAAAAUUUCACAUCCCAUGGAAGGAAUCAAAUUCAAAGAAUGUGGGAUGGAUUUUCUGUGGAGAUGUAUACCUUGUAUGAUAAACCCCAGAAGCUUGGAAGUUCAAAUUUGCUGAAAGCAAAAGUAAUUAAAAAGGAGCAAAAACACUGGUCCCCAAAGAUAACAAUACCACAGCCUUUCCAAAUGACCAUCAGAGAAGUUGAAAAGAAGCAGCGAAAAAAUCGAUCAAGAUCUGAAAUUGAAGUAGAGAAUUAUAUGCUAAGCAAACGAUUAGAAGAAGAAGCAGAAUGCCAGAAAAAUUUCCAUGCAAACCCUGUACCAGCCCACACCUAUAUCCCACUAAUGGAAGAAAUAAUGGAAAGGAAUGAGGAAAGAAGGAAAUUUGCUAAGGCAAAGAGCAAAGAAAUUCUACUGGCAAUACAGAAACCAUUUGCUUUUCUUGAAAGGGAGGAAAAAAAGAAAGAAGUUAGAAAAAUGCAAAUAAAGGAUCUUGAUCUUUUGAUAAAGAAAAGAAAGACAUUUAAAGCAAAACCUGUCCCCAAGUAUCUUCAUGAUCAGAAGGUCAUUGACAGGAUUAAAGAGGAAGAGCUCUACAGAGCAAUAAGGAUGAAAGUGAGAGCUCAAGAAUUGUUAAAUAGUGCAUCCCUUCCAAAGAGCAUGCUUAGUAAUGCCACCUGUAAAAGAAGAAAAAGGGUGUGUUAUGAGCCAGAAAAAGAACUGAAAUUCAAACCCAAGAUUAAUGCCAAAGUUCCAGAUUUUGAGAUGUUGCACAGAAAAGCUCAGAGACAACUCAUGAAAAACAAGAUGAAAUUGACAACUAUAGGUGAACCUUUCCAAAUGCAUGUUUUUUCUAAUGAAAAGUUUAUGGAUAAUACAAUAGAAGAUGAAACUGAUUUGAAAGAGGUGCACUGGCCUUUUAUGUCAAGCAUCAAGCAGUCAAAAUCACACAGCAGUGUAAAUUCAACUCCAUCAGAAUCUUUGGAUUUGGAAAUUAUAAGAAGCACAGAAGAAUCAAAGAAGAAAAAAGCCAUUGGAAAUCGUGAAAGAAAACACACAAAAUGCUAUCUUUUAGAGUUUAAAGAGAUGCACGAAAGAGAAAACACAAGGCCUUUGCUCCAAAAGGUGCUGACACAGAGAAAUGCUAGAAGAUCAGCAAAGAAAUAUACUGCAGCACAAAAAGAACGAGGAUUGAAGGAAGAUUUUGUUUUCCAGCAAGGCCACUCAGCUUUGCAUUCAAAUAAUCGAGAGUCUGUGAAAAAUGAAGACAACAACUGUGUAAAUGAAGAAAGUUCUCAAGAGGAAGAUUAUGGACUUGACUUUGAAGACGAUAAUGAAGAUGAGGAGUCAACGGUUGCAGAAGAAUAUCAAGACAGAAUGUGAAGUUCAGUGACUGUAAAGUGGCAGGAAGUUGGAAGAAUAUAUCAAUGAUUAACUGCAUUAAUUGAGAGUUUUUUGAAUGCCAAUUAUGUUUUAUUGCUAAUGGGUACUAUUUUUAUAAUAUAGUAUCAUCAUAGACUGGCAAAUUCUAGGAUUAAUGACAAGUUACUUUAUAUUUUUAUUACUGAACUAAAGCUCUUUUAAUCAGGUUUGCAAAUUUGUCUGGUGAUUCUCAAAUAUACAGGCAGUCCCUGGGUUACGAAUGAGUUCCGUUCCUGAGUCUGUCUUUAAGUCAGAUUUGUAAGUUGGAACAAGUACAUCCGGUAUUAUUUUAGCGUCAGUUAGUCAAACGUUUGUCUUAGUAUAUAGUAUAGAUUUUACCCUUCUGUGCAUAUAAAACACUUAAUAAAUGUAUGUAUUCCAAUAAUUAAACCACUGCUUUGCAUAGUAAUAAUUGUAGCUUUCAUCGGGGCAGAGCCUUUCACAUGCUCCAUUAUUCUCACUUUAUCCUUUAUGCUUUAAAAUUGUUCCGAUUGUUGAUUGACUGUAGUCUAACACUUUUCCAAUGACCAAUGGUGUUUCAUCUCUUUCUGAUUGCUU